GCGAGCGCGCUCGUUACCGGUCACACCUCGGAACUCGGAAAUCGGGUUUAUCGUUCCAGUUUGAUUUCAUAACUCGCAAUUACGACCUCCGAGUCGGAAAUUUGAAAAUGGAACGCACCUGCGAGUCGGGAGGUCGGAAAAAAUCACCACUCCGACUUCCGGCGUCCGAGUUCCGAGGUGUAACGGAAGGCAGCAUCGUGGUUGGUGUUAGCAUCUGGAGGAAGCUAACGGCUAAUUCACCGAAGACCUGACGUCAGUGGAUAAAAGAAGGAAGAGGAAGAGGAAGAGGAAGCAGCAGAUGAAACUCAGGAGUCGCCAGUCGGGGGGGGGGGGAAGAGAGAGAGAGAGAGAGAGAGAGAGAGAGAGAGAGAGAGAGAGAGAGAGAGAGAGAGAGAGAGAGCAGCUGUUUCUCUCGCCCAAGCCUUUGCUCUGUCAUCCUCCCCCCUUCCCGUCCUCCUCCUCCUCUUCCAACCUCCAGAGAGGGGAGCACCACACCCUGUCGGCCAAUCACAGCUCGACUCCACCUUUCCCAUCACAUCAUCUCAGUUUCCAAGGUAACAGGGCUGCCCCCCCCCCCCAUCCUCUCUUUCUCUCUCUCUCUUCCACACUGAAAGGUGCCGCAUCAUCAUCAUCAUCAGGCGGAUGAUCCGCCUGCCACACCGAGCUGCUGCUGCGGCUAGAACAGAAGAGAGGAAGAAAAAAAAGGGGAACGAGAUGGACUAAAGAGAAGAAGAGAUGUGGAACGGGGGAGGACGAGAGAAGAAGUCUCGUGGAAACAAACCGGGACGUUAAUGUCCGACGACGUCAAAGGUUUUUUUAAAGUUCCCUCACAUGACGUUCGUCCGCCCACAUUAGGAAACCAGUUCGUCUCCUCCUCCUCCUCUUUGUCCUCGUCUCUCACGCCAUGAGCGUCGUCGCUCUCUCGCCCGUGGCCCCCGAGCCUUUGUCCCCCAUGGCCACCUCCGUCACACCUGUCACCCCGACCGUGGACCACGGCCGGGAUCUGGAUCUGGAGCAUCGGUCCCAGGACGGGGGCUCAUCGCCGGGUCCCGGCCCGAGUCGAGGGGGAGGAGCUCUUCUGUCUCGAGACCCCGCCAGGAGAUCACAGAAGCCCCCGCCCCUCCACACCGGCGCCGACUGGAAGGUCGUCCUCCACCUGCCGGAGAUCGAGACGUGGCUGCGGGCGACUGGCGACCGCGUCACGCAGCUCACGCACUCAGCGGGACAGGACGCCGACAACCGGCAUGUGGACGUCCACCUGGUGCAGCUCAAGGACAUCUGCGAAGACAUCUCAGACCACGUGGAGCAGAUUCAUGCGCUGCUGGAGACGGAGUUUUCCCUGAAACUGUUGUCCUACUCUGUCAACAUCAUCGUCGACAUCAGGACGGUGCAGCUGCUGUGGCACCAGCUGAGGGUGUCCGUCCUCGUCCUGAAGGAGCGUCUGCUGCAGGGUCUGCAGGACCCCAACGGCAACUACACCCGGCAGACGGACAUCCUGCAGGCCUUCAGCCAGGACCAGCACCAGACUCGUCUGGACGCUCUGACGGAGGUGGACGACUGCGGCCAGCUAACCAUCCGCUGCAGCCAGGACUACUUCUCUCUGGACUGCGGCAUCACCGCCUUCGAGUUGAGCGACUACAGCCCGGGUGACGAGCCCGAGGCCCGGGACGCCGAGUCGGACGAGCAGGACGCCGCCUGGGAGCCGGAGCCCGAUCGAGCCCAAAGCCCCCAUCCGGACCUGAGGUCGGCGGAAAGCGAGGGACCCCGUCGCUCCAACCACGGACUGCGUAACAGUUUACCUGAACUCACUGCGCCCGCUGACGUGACAAACCACAACCGUCCUCCUCCGCCGUCGUCACCCACAGUGCAGUGCGGCACACCGGGCCACAGCGAGGGAGCGAAGCGCCCCCUGCAGGGUGUGAGCCGCAGCAUCGAGGCGUCGCCCACACAGCCGUCGCUCCCAAAGAGAGCCGCCCUGUACUCGGACGGAGGAGCCAGCGGGGAGGAGGACUCCAGGGGAGGUUUGGGGAAGGCGGGUCCGCUCCCUGCUCUCCAGUUCCAGGCCGAGCUGAGCCGCAGCACCCCCUCGCUCAUGGAUCCUCCGGAUCGCUCCAAGUUCUGGUUGGAGCUGGACUCGGUUUAUCCGGAAAACGUUUCACAGUCGUACGAGAGCCUGCAGGUCAUGAACGGGCGAAACCUGCAGAGGAACCUCAGCAGCUCCAGACACGGCGGACGCUCGGAGGGGCAUGUGCGCCGACCGCUGGCCGACCAGAGGAGCUCAUCUGUGGCCGGACUGAACCCCGGCGCCCCCCUGCUCCUCCGGCACCCGGCGUCUCCGUCUCAGGAUGAAACAUCCAGACAAAUGGAGCGGACUACGAGGGAGACACACUCGCUCAGCGAGGGGGACUCCGACUCCUCGUUGCCCUCCCCCAUGAGGGAGCAGCAGCUCCUCUCCUCGGACCCGGAGUCGGACCCCCAACCACGUCCCGGCAAGACGGCUGUCUGGAUCGUGAAGCGCCGGGGGCAAAAGCAGGAGGCCCAGCCCUCACCGGGGCCCAGUCCGGACCGGCAGCACUGGUACGGGUCGGAGGAGUUCCUGGCUCUCCCUGCUCAGCUCCGCAAGACGGAGAUGCUCGCCAUGAAAUUGGAGAGUCUGGCUCAGUCCAUCCCCAGAAGGCCCGGCAACUCGGACCAGGACGCUCUGCAGGACGUAGACGACUGGGAUCUGACGGAGCCCAACGCAGCCGACUGGGACAACGUGGGCGAGAGCGCUGACGACGAUCCUUCUCCUCCGCCUCCGCUGCUGCCUCCCUACAGACGAAAUCCGGUCGGCCGCUUCAGCCCCGCCUCCUCCAGCGACAUCGCGCCCUCGGUGGGCGAGAGCAUCGAGUCCGGCCCUCUGAGCGAGCUGCAGUCCGAGGAGGACGAGGGGCGGGGUUCCGCGAGCCGCGACCGCCAGCAGGCGGCGCCCCUGGUGGACGGACGCGGCGGUGCGUCCCUGGUGGUGCAGCAGCUGCUGGAGGACAUUCAGAGUCGGGACAAAGACCCCGACGUCUGGGGGAAGAUUGAGUGCUUCGUGCAGCAGUUGGACGGGUUCAUCUCGUGGCUGCAGGAGGCGCUGGACAGCACGGAGAACUGGACGCAGCCCAGACAGGAGCUGGACAGCCUGGGGGCGUACCUGGACACACACCUGAGUUUCAAGAUGAACGUGGACGCUCACACGUCGCUGAAAGAAAACGUCAUGGAGGAGGGAGGAGCCCUGCUCGCCGUCAUCACCGCCCACCAAUCAGGUCUGAAGGAAAUCCUCCACAUGGUUUCCGGCCAAUGGGAUCAGCUGCAGCGGCAGAUCCGGCGCCAACACGGCUGGAUGCUCCGCGCCCUCCGCUGCGUUCAGGCCCGCCUCCUCUACGCCGGCGACCAAUCGUGUGAGUUCUCCGAGGCCUCGACCGAGUCGCCGGCAGCCAAUCGGCAGGCUCGCUUCCCGCCGGACGGCCUGGAGGCGGAGCUGAUCUCCGGUCAGCGUGAGGCGCAGCGAGCCGCCCUGGAGCAGAUGGCCGUCAAGCUGAGCAGCCUGCGCUUCCCCUCGUCCACCAGCAGGUGGCACUGCGGCCAGGUGGUCCGGAGCAACAGUCUGCAGGAGUUCCAGGCUGAGUACCAGGAGCUCUGGGAUUGGCUGAUGGACAUGGACGCCAUGGUCGUGGACAGUCACCAGCUGAUGAUGUCAGAGGAGCAGAGACACCACCUGUUCAAGAGCAGCCACGCCGAGCUGGUGACGAUGGAGAGCAGGAAGACCGGCCUGCUGGGCCGAGCCGAGGUGCUGAAGAGGAGCGGCGUGGAGCUGCCCGACAACUUCCACCGCAAUGUACACAACCUGACGCACACGUGGAGACAGCUGGAGAAGAUCCUUUCCGAGCAUCCAGGACCCAGUUCCUCGCAGCAGAACCUGUCAGCCAACGCAAACUCUCUGCUGGUGGGCGGGCGGGGCGUGGCCGUGGAGAACCCUCGCUCGGCCCUCUCGCCGCUGACCAACUCGCUGCUGGAGCAGCUGGAGGCCCGCAUCAAAGAGCUGAAGGCGUGGCUGCGCGACACCGAGCUGCUCAUCUUCAACUCGUGCCUCCGACAGGACAAGGACGCGUCCGAGCAGCUCCGGAGCUUCAAGUCGCUGUGUGCGGAGGUGCGAGCGCGACGCCGAGGAAUCUCCUCCGUCCUGAAACUGUGCCAGAAGCUGCUGCAGCAGAGCCAGUCGGGCCCCACGGCGGAGGUGGGCCCUGAGGCGGAGCAGCACCGGGAGGCCCUGCAGCUGCUGUCCAUCAACCUGGAGAGGAGGUGGGAGGCGAUCGUGAUGCAGGCGCUGCAGUGGCAGAACCGACUGAAGAGGGAGCUCGGAGAGCAGCAGGUUCCUGGGAAUUCUCUUGAGCCAGGUCUAGUGGACCUCCGCCAGAUCAGCCCAGUCCCGGUUGGUCCAGUGGCGCCGGUGCCAGAUGACUCUUGGGAAUGGGAUGAGACCGAUAUGACGAUCACAGAGCCACAAGAAGUACCGGAACACCACCUCGACCUCGACCUCGACCUCCCCUCUGAACCAGAUCUGCCUUCGGACAUUGUUCUGUCCAACGGGAAUCGACCCGACAGGAUUGGAGUCAGUCAGUAUCCUGAGUCGUCGUCAGAGGUCCAGAGUGUGACGUCCCAGUCUGUCCCGCCGAACAACAACGUCUACCAGGUGUACAGCCUCCAUCAUGUCGAAUUAUACAGACAGCCUCCGAUUCCUCACAAUACUUCCUCUCUGCACAAAACCAAAGCAGGAAAACAAAAACAGCAACUCCUGCUGAAGAGCCUGAGCAAGGACUCCUCUUUCUCCUCAAUCGAAUCCCUCCCAGAACUCCUGGGAGGUGUGAUGUCAAACAGCCGAGGAGGAGAUAAGAUCGUCGGAUACCUGGAUGUGGAGGCUGAGAGGGAAGGCGGCAGGGGAAGCGGCCAAUCGGCAAACAGUCGGCGGUCAGAGUGUGAGAGCGGGAUUGUAAGUGAUACAGGAGACACGGAGACGACGGCAAACUCUGAAAUCCAGGAAAACGAACAGAGGAAGGAUACAACUGAAGACGACGUCUCCAAGUACAACCAAAGAAACAAGACAGAGGAGAGUAACAAGAAAGAGAAAGGAUGGAGGAGGGAUGAAAACAGAUUUAGAAACAGAGAGGAGGACAAAAGGAGGAGGCACAGGAGGGGAGGAGGAGAGGCGGUGGAGAUCCUCAUCCAUGGGCGAGGGAUCCUGACGCCGGCGGACUCGGACUCUGACCUUGAAGUGGGAGGUGUGGAUUCUCGCGGUGACAUCACAGGGUUCAAAGUUGACCAGCCAAGCAGUUCGCAGACGACUCCUGCGUCUCAGGGCUCGUCUCUGGAGUCACUGCUGGCUCUGGGCGUGGACUUGUUUCCCUCCAAAGACCCGUUGCAUCGCAGCGCCUCUCUGGAGAGCUGCCUGGCCCCGUGUCGCAGCGCUGAAGGGGAGAGCGGAGGCAGCCUGGCCAGCCUCGGGGAGCUGGACAUGGGGCAGAGCAGAGGGGCGGAUGGAGGUGAACCAGGAGAGGAUAGGAAAACUGAGAAUGUCCGGGCAGAGCCAUCGUCUGGGGAGCUGAGUCGUAGGACCCUCGAUCUCCUGAAACGCCUGGAGAACAUCCAGAGUCCUCUGGCAGCGCAGAUGACUCGCAGUGUUUCUGACAUGACGCUCCGGAGCAGCUCCCCGCAGCGGAGCCGACUCCCUGCCUCCCCUUCCUUUGGUGGGCGAUCCACGCCCCUCUAUGGAAUGUCAGGAUCUUCACGCAAGGGGCCUCCCUCCCUGAUUAACGAAAGCUCGGCAACGGCAUCGUUGACGGAGCUGAGCAGCACCGAGGACUCGUCCCUGGGCUCCGAAGAUUUCGCUUUGCUCAGAAAUCAACGCAAUCACCACUUCCUGGAUCCCACCGUGGCGGUAAAUGCUAACUCGGGCUCUUGCAGUAAACGUUGCCACGGAAACAGCCGAGGAGGGCAAGCGAUGGACGAAGCCGACGCGGCGAGCUUGAGCAUGGUGGUGAACGUGUCUUGUACUUCGGCGUGCACGGACGAGGACGAGGACGACAGCGACCUCCUGUCUUCGUCCACGCUCACGCUCACCGAGGAGGAGCUCGGUGGACGGGACGGAGAGGACGAGGAAGAGGAGGAGAGGCUGAGCAUUGACUCCUCCGGUAACGAGGACGAAGAGGAGAUGGAGGGCUCGUACGUUCUGGGACUGGAGUACAUGAAGAGCGAGCUGAAGAGUUGGAUCCGAUCCCCUCGCAACUCCUCCUCUUCCUCCUCCUGUAAAACUGAGGCAGGUCUGUGGGACGAGCUUCAGUGUGGAACCCACCUGUCAUCCAUCUUCACCACCUCCUCUCAGAACAAGGAGCAGCAAGGUUUCCUCAACCGCUCGGCUGCGAAGUCAAUAGACACCAGCACCAACGGCGGCGGUGACGAAACGAGGAAGGAGAAGAAAGAACAGGAGAACAGGAGGAAUGCUACCAGGAGCUACAUCUGCCAGUUCGUAGACGACGUGGAGAACGGGAACGUGGAUCAGAGCUGUUUGAAGGGGAAAGACGAAGACGACGAGCUCCUCCGAGAGGAGUCGAGUGUGUUCACCAAGAAAGGAGAGUCGCCGAGGGAAUCGUACUCGUUGGCCAAGACGGGGGAGUCAGUUCGGGAUGUUGGCAGCUCGAUAGUGAAAACAGAAUCUUCAUCAGCAGCCGGUGAACUCUUCACGCCCAGACGUGCCUCCUCCUUGGUGGGACAGCUGCAGGGAGAGCUGCCCUGCCACAGCGCCUCCCUCCCCUCGCCGCCGUCCCUCUCGCCAGUCGACGACUGCGGAUCCCACGACGCCUCGUGCGACAGCGGGCCGGCGCCCGGCGGACGGAAGGCCAUCACCAUCCAGGAAAAGUUCAAGUUCUCGUCAGUUGUGACGGAGCAGACGAGGAAGGAGGUCAGGGACAAAGAAUCGUCGCUGCCUCCCAAAAGACGUCGCACCGGUUGUCACUCAUCCUGCCACGACGACGACCACCUCCGCUCUUCCUCCUCCUCCGAGGGCGAGAAAGAGAAUGUGCACGAUUUCGUGAUGGAGAUCAUCGACUUGACCUCGCUGGCGCUGAAGAGCAAAGAGAAUCUGACCGAGGAACCGAACCAGGACGAGACCGGACGGUCGAGUCCAGACCAAGGUCCUGCGUCGCUGACACACAUCAAAGACAAGGUGCUCGAACACUCCCACCGGCCUCUCCACCUGCGUAAGGGCGACUUCUACUCCUACCUGUCGCUGUCCUCCCAUGAUAGCGACUGCGGCGAGGUCAGCCAGUGCUCCGAGGACAAGAGCUCCCCUCCGGCGCCGUACAGCAUCCCGUCGUACGUCACGCCGACACGGGGCCUCCGCAGCCCGAGCCCCGAGCUGUUCACGAGCACCAGGCAGCGACUGGCCUCCUCCGGGUCCUCCGAGCGCUCCUCGCCGAGCGCUGGCCCCAAGGACAACCUCCCCGCUCUGGACUUGAAGUCAGCUGAUGGCGGCCGCGAGGAAGAGGUGACCAGCCCGUCGCUGUCCCUGCCCCCCAGCCCUGACAUCAGGGACGAGGAGACCCUCUUUGCAGCUUGCACAGAGGAGGUCUACCUGGGCCCGCCUCUUUGCUACAGCAUGGUGCUCACCAGGAAACCGCGGACGCACCGACUGAGGGAGAACCGGUCGUCACCGAGCACCGGUCCAGAGGGUUUGCCUCGCUCCACACCAGGUGAUAUUCUGAGCCACUUGGACAGAAACCAGGAUCAGCUGUAUUUCCAGGGGCCCAGUCGUCCUCAGGGACGUUCCGCCUCCUCGCCCUCGACGACCACCUCCGCCUCCCGACCAGAGGACGAAAGCGCUCGCUCCUCUCCCCCUCCUCCUCCUGUGAAAGAGAGGCGAGCUGAGAACUCGCACCUCCUCUGUGAUGAUGUCGCUGGAAGAGAAUCGGCGGGCGCUGCGAGUGUCAGCGUGCCGCGGGCAGAGAGGAGUCGUAAUGAGGGGCCUCCUUAUCUUAAUCCCUGGGCACGUGUCGCCCCGAUAGACUCCUCUGCAGCCGAAUGUUUGGCAGGUACUGAGGCGCUUGAAUCCAAUAUGGGCGCCGUAAUGACCAAGAUAAGUGUCUGCGGCUCCGCUACAAAUCCCUCAAAAGAGCCGGGCGCCACGCGCAUUAAUCCCAAAAUUAACUGCGUGCCGAUGAGAGAGGCAGAUAGGGAGGAGGGGCCGCGGCGGGCGGAGGCGGACGCUCGGCGGGCAAAGCGGGAGGAUACUGGGAGGAGAGGGCGGAGCGGCUCGCACCAGGACGCCAAGGCAGCGCCGACAAAGCAGGUGAGCUCCCAGCCGGCUGUCAAUCAGGCCACCAGAGCCGCUCAGGGGCGGAGCCAGGCCUCGAUGAGGAACCCCGUACGAAGACUUCCUGUGUUGGGAGCUGGAACCUCCAGGAUCCAGCUGUAGAGGAGGGAACUCCCUCCAUCUCCUCCCCGCUGAGCAGACCUCUCUCCUGGGCUUCAUCUCUGCGGCCGCCUCCUCUCUGCUCCUGGAGCUUUUCACACACUCGUCUGAGCGGAACUGAGAACCGGUCCGGUCGUUUCAGGGUGAACUGAUACUGAUCCGGUCCGACGUGGGACACGGGGCGACGGAGUCCAGUCUUCAGGGUUUAAAAAACACGGAAAAUAUGUGUAGAAUUUACAUUUAAACAAAAAAACUGUCUCAGCUUCAUUAAUAAGAGGAAAAGUAUGAAGUGUACUUAUGUCCAGUAAUUUAAACUGAUUGAUUGAAAACAGCACACUGAGCUCAGAGUCGGGUCGAGUGUCAGGUUCACCGACGAGUCACGAGUUGGAUAUUUACACGUCGUAUCUGUUGCAUACAAAGAAAAGAAUCUUCCUCAGCUCCAUCUUGACAUCAGCUUGUUUCACCGUCACGGUUUGAUCCACUUCAAAACAAAUACGACGCUUUCAGGAUUUCACUGGAACCGUUGAGCUGCACCAAAGCUUCAAGUCGCGCGACGCUCUUGACGAAUGAGGAACAGGGACUCGUUGGCUCUGAGGUGAUGGAAUCAACCCUGGAUGCUGCUGCCGCCGCUUUACUACCUGAUCGACACGUCGUCACUGUUGUACGUUCUGAGUUAGUCUGCUUCUUUUAAAAAUGUAUCUAGACAAAAAUAGUCAAAGUCAAUUAUGGGGAGAAACAGAAACAGAAAAUUUGCCUGAUUGUAAUAUUUGUAAUUUGACGUACAGAGAUUAUAAUCGCAGAUUAAGAGACAAGAUACAAACUUAAGGUACAAUUUAGAACAAAUGACUGGAAAUACAGAGGCACAAGAGCAGCAAACGAUAAUUUUUUUCACAUUUCUUGUUAUUUGUAAAAUGGAACGGGGAAAAAAUUGCAACAAAUCCUAAUUCUUAUUUUCCCUAUUCUGCUUAUUUUCUUGUUCUAUCUCGAUUGACACUGGAAAAAAUAUCAAAAUGAUAAAUCGUUUAACCAAAUAUUGUGGCUUCCGAAAGUUGGUCCUAAAGUGAAAAACAGACACGUCUUCACAUUGUCAUGAUUGAUUAUUGCGUGUCGAUUGAUUGAUUUCAUCAACUUUGGGGACUGACAACAACUUUUUUUUAUAGCCGCUGUUGGUUAUUUUUCCAUCAACUGACCAAUCGCUUUAAUCGAUAAAUCUGUACACCCCGUGGUCAAAUGAAUAGUUUCACGUUCAUGAAAAGAUUUGAGAUGCUUUUGGAGGAAUCAUUGUGUUUCUGCAGAAUCUGUGACCGAAGCUGUUUCCAUUUCAUUCAUCUGUUUUGGAUCUAAACUCAAGAUUUCGUCCUCCUGAAAUGUGACGAACUGUAGUUUUCAGUUUGUCUCAAAGUCAAGACAAACUGAAGACUUAAAAUUCAUUUCCGGGAGCUACCUCUGAAUCCUUCUGCCUCCGCUGGAACACAAAGCUUUGGCCGCUCUGCAUGACGUCAUACUGUAUCUCACUGUCAUACAGUAACACACCUGUUAUCCUACAGACUAUACGCUGAAGUGUCGUAGCACAAGUAGCAUGUUAUGUCCUGACACUAAGACUUGGUCUUUAGCUAUAGAAGAUGUCAAUAUUCAUAUUAAUACGCUGUGACUCGGCCUCUCGACAGUCGUGGCUCUGGUACACGUUCGUCGUCCUGUUGAGUUUUUACAUCUCAUGUUGUUUGACUCAGUAGAUAAACUGUAAUAUCUGCAUCUCACAACCAGAACCUCUACGAUCUGCAUAGAGAAAAGCUGACGUGAAGAAAUAUUUCAAAGGGAAGGAAGAACUUUGAAUUUACAGAUGUCGUCAAUGUUGACGGAUACAAAAAGCUUAUUGAAAUUAGAGUUUAAUAAAAGUUGCAAAUACUCAAACAUAUUUAAAAGACACAUUUGCAUCAGCAUAGCCGACUUUGUUGAGCUUAGUUGUGAUCAAACACAAAAAGACCAAUAAGUCGCUAUAACUCCAAUAAAACUAUCACAGUGAAUGAAAUAUGAUCUUUUUGGAGUUGAGAACUUCUGGAUUAUCACUCGACCUUUAUCUGGACUUUGACAGUUUGUAUUUUUGUCACAUCUUUCCGAAGUGGAGAAGCAGGAAGUCAGAGUUGGAGAAGCUGAGUGAAAGUCGCUAUUGUAUUCAUUUCAUUUGAAAGACCAACAACAUUUUGUACCAGUUUCAGAAGAAAACUGAACAUUACGAACAGGCAGCAAACUUGGCUUUAGGUCAAUUAAAGAUCUACAACUCGUUCUGCCUGUAGGGGGUGCUGCAGCCCCCUCAGCACCCCGACUUCCAUCGUCCUUGCUCAGAGGUGUUUCAGAAGGGAAGUCAGUUUCACUGUUUCCCUGAGCAUUUAGAAGUCCUCUGCAAACAUUCAUGGUCGGUCCAGUUGGUAUUUAGCGAUCCGUCAACCAUGUUAGUAUCAACUCCUUGGUGGAAAAGUCUUAACAUUUUUCUAACUUUAGCGAUUGACGAGGUUUUGUCUUGUGCAGCCGCAGUUGGUGGCGCUGUGGUGAAUCUUCUGAGCACCAGAACCUGCUGGUUUUCUCUGAGGUCUACGAAACGGUGUCCUUCCUUUUCAAAAGUCUUCUCCAACUGAAUUCGGAGAAGACAACUGUUCAGUCGCCAGGAAGUAGCCGUAGUCGUGGUCGUAGUGAGCGUGGUCCUCUGUAGAGAUUACUCUCCUUCAGCAAAGUUGAUAUGAACCUCUUCCACAUCGCAGAAAACUUCCUGAUCGAACCAUUUGUUUUCUUUCAGAGUUAGGGAUCACUCGAUCUCAUUGGGAGUUGCUAGUCUUGAGCUACUGUUGAAAUGCGGAGUCCCUUGAAAUAGACUGAAAUUCUGUGUCCAGUCGUCGUUUGUCCACCCCGACUGAUCCCAUCACAUGGUGCAUUGUUGGAUAUACCUGCUGCUGCGGUGGUGGAACAAGUCAAUGUGCUUAAAAAUGGAAAUAUGAUCCAAACCCAUUUGGUUUCCUCUCCUGUAGCUCGACCUGACAACACGCUGAAUGGAACCUUUUCCAAGUCGAGGGUUGAACAAGGUGCCCAAAAAUUUAACAAAUACAAAAACGACAUCUUUAUCUAUGCAACACGACCAAAGUUGGCAAACGCUGAAGUGUUGUUGUUGUGUAGGCGUUGAGGUUUGAUCACUGAUGACAAGGACGUGUGUUGUUGAUACUGCUGUAUGUUCACCACGACUGUACCAUGUAUUGUUUUCUUUUUUUAAUUUCCUAGACGAUGAUUAGCUGUGACGCCGGGGUUCAGGUUUGGCGUUGAGACGGGUGUGUGUGUGUGUUUGUCUGUGUGUUGACAAAUUAGGGAUUGGAAUCUUUAAAUAUAAUUGUGUGCCUUGCUCUGCUCUUCCUUCUACCUUUUUAUUUAAUGAAUUAAAAGCCAAUGCUUUCCCGUUCAGCUGAUGAAAACAUGCAACAUAAAGAAUCAGAAGAUGAUAAUGUGAGGUUCAUGUUGAGCUUGUGUAAAUAUUGUAAAAGGUGUGAAACCUUUGGUGUCAAAUCUCAGAGGGAGGAAUGCUUGGUGUUAUUGUUUACUCAUGUAUGUGACCUGUGAUGUGAAAUAUCUUUAUUAGUAUUUGGCCAUAAAGAGCUUGACUGCAUGGAUCCUGCUAACUACAAUGUAAAACCAACUGUUGACCAAUAAACUGAAUUUAUCGGGAAAACUUCA